AUGGCAUUGAGCUUAUAUAGCUUUCGCCUCUUCUACAAGUUCAAAGUGUUGGUGGUUGUUACUUUGUGUUUGAUGGUGCUAUGGGCCACAUUCAGUUACUUUGUGGACUCCAGACAGGAAAUUUCUAAAGCUAAAGGCGUGAUGGAGGAUUUCAGAAAGGUAACUAGCCUGGAAGACAGUCAAAAGGAAGAGAGGACCGAAUCAAUUGUGGGAGUUCCCACGGAGAAGUCAUUUCAGAGUCACUGCCCCGCUGUGUCUCCAUACCUGCAAGGUGCCAGCAAACUCGCCUUCAAAGAAUCUCUCACGCUAGAAGAAGUGGAAAAGGAGAACCCUCAGGUAGCCGAAGGCCGGUAUCACCCUACAGAGUGCUCAGCAUUGCAGCGUAUGGCCAUCCUCAUCCCACACCGCAAUCGAGAGAAGCAUCUGCUGUACCUCCUGGAGCACCUCCAUCCCUUCCUACAAAGGCAGCAGCUGGACUACGGCAUCUACGUUAUUCACCAGGCUGGCAGCACCAAAUUUAAUCGAGCUAAACUGCUGAAUGUAGGAUACCUAGAGGCCCUAAAAGAAGCGAACUGGGACUGUUUCAUUUUCCAUGAUGUGGAUCUGGUGCCAGAAAAUGACUUUAACAUUUACAUGUGUGACAGACAACCAAAGCACCUUGUAGUUGGCAGGAACAAUACUGGAUACAGGUUACGGUACCGGGGAUAUUUUGGAGGUGUAACUGCUCUAACAAGAGAUCAGUUUUCCAAGGUGAAUGGAUUCUCUAACAACUACUGGGGUUGGGGUGGAGAAGAUGAUGACCUUCGAAUCAGGGUUGAGAUGCAGAAGAUGAGGGUGGUAAGGCCGUCUGCUGAUGUAGCUAGGUACACGAUGAUCUUCCACAAACGAGACCACGGUAAUGAGGAGAAUGGAGAGAGGAUGAAGCUUCUACGUCAAGUAUCUAGAACAUGGAAAACAGAUGGGCUGAACUCUUGUUCAUAUAAACUGCUCUCAGUGGAACAUAACCCUUUAUAUGUCAACAUCACCGUGGAUUUCAGUGUGCAGCCCAAGAUCUCAUAAGGGCAAGCACCACACAGGUGAUAGGAAAUGGCAACAGAGCUCGUUUGUGGUUGCUGUACAGCAGCUGACUCCUGGCACUCUGAGAGAGUACUUCAGUAGCACAGAAGAAAGUUUUUCUUCACAGCAUCGAAUUGAUUGGUUGAGAAUUUCCUCUUGGGAGGACUGGAGAUAUGGACUUACCUGAGGGACAGGUCCUCGUGUUCUUCUAUGCACUUUCUGCUGGGACAUUUGCAAAAGUGUCCUUGUUUGGGCUGGUCCAGUGGAAGGAC